AUGAAUGAGGAAAAAUUGGCCGAUGUGUCGGCGGUGAACACUGUCAGCCUAGCCUACUUUAAAGAGGACCCAGCUUUAUUUUUCGCACAGUUAGAGUCGAAGUGCGAACCGAGAGGAAGUACCUCUCUGAAAACAAAAUUUAAUUUAGCGGUCUCCAAGUUGCCUCUUGAAGCUGUCCAGGAGGUGAGAGAAAUUAUUAUCUCUCCGCCGAAAGACAAGCCAUAUUACAAGUUAAAAGAGGAAUUUGUUUGGAGGACAUCUAUGUCACGGCAAAAGAAAUUGUCGCAGCUUUUACAUGAGGAACAAUUGGGAGACAGCAAGCCGUCGCAAUUUUUACGUCGUUUGCAGCAUCUAGCCGGGGAAGGUAAUGAGGAUGGCAUUAUACGUCAUAUUUUUCUCCAGCGUUUGCCCUCUGCGUAUCACGCUGUUUUAGCUGCGGUGGGUGAAGAUGCACCCGUCGAAAUGCUGACUAAAAUAGCAGAUAAUGUAGCUGACCUAACUUCGGGAUGCACUGCUCCCGUUUCUGCUGUACAGACGCAAGAGCCAGAUCCGCUGGCUAGACUCUUGGAGGGACAACGAAGAGACUUUACAAUGUUUCCUGCCCGCACUCUCUCUCUCUCUCUCUCUCUCUCUCUCUCUCUCUCUCUCUGUCUCUAUCUAUCUAUCUAUCUAUCUAUCAUAAUAGGGACUUUAAAACACAUUCUUCUUACUUAG